UAAUUUUAUUCGAAAAUCUUUUAUUUGAACGAACGCAUUAAUAACAAGUGAUAAAUGAUCUAAAGAAAUAAAAUAUAUUGUAUAGGUACUUUUCGACAAACAAGGAUGUUACUGUGUGUUAUAACAGUUUUAAUAAUACCUCAUCAAACAACAGUAUGAUUUUUAUUUUUUCAGUGGCUGCUUUAUUUAAAAAAUUUUAUUGUUGGUUUCGUGCUUUCUACACACACUUUAUUAUGAAUUCGGUAUCACGUUUGUUCCAACCUUGCCAUAUUGUUCCCAAAGAUAGUUUAUUUAAGACAUCAGAUAUUUUAUCAAAGAGUGUGAAGCUCAUGCAAAAUGUAGGUAUUAUCAGCAACUCGAGUAAUGGAAUGUUCACUUUUCUCCCUCUGGGAUUGAAAGUUUUAGCAAAACUAUGUAAUCUAGUAGAUGAGGAGAUGAAAGUAAUUGGUGGUCAAAAAAUCCUCUUACCGUCUCUCACACCAUCAUAUUUGUGGCACAAAACUUCAAGACUUAAAAUAGCUGAAAAUGGAUUGUUCUCUUUAAAUGACCGACAAGGCAAACAUUAUAUUUUGAGCCCAACAUUUGAAGAGGCAAUAACGAACAUGGUGUCUCAAGUGGGACCUUUGACGAGGUAUCAGUUGCCACUAAAACUUUAUCAAAUAUCAAGCAAGUGGCGUGAUGAAUUAAAACCUCGAUGUGGAUUACUUCGUAGCCGAGAAUUUAUUAUGAAAGAUAUGUACGCCUUUGAUGUCGAUUCAGAAACUUCUCGAUUAUCGUACCAAAUUAUUAGUAAUGCGUAUGAAAAUAUAUUCAAACGGAUAGGCAUACCUUAUAGAAAAUUCGAAGCUGAGAACGGAAUGAUGGGAGGCUCUAUGUCACAUGAAUUCCAUUACACAUCAGAUAUUGGGGAAAAUGUCAUUUACUUAUGUGAAGAAUGUAAUUAUUAUACCAAAUUCAUAUGUGGCAAGAAUAAUAUCUGUUUCAAGUGUAAGCACACCUUAUGUCGCCAAAAUACUGUAGAGAUAGCACACACGUUUUUAUUGGGUACAAAAUAUUCUAAACCCCUUAAAGCUGAUUUUACUGACAAGACGAAUUCAAAAAAGUUUUUGGAAAUGGGUUGUUAUGGCAUUGGUUUAACACGUCUUAUUGCCGUAGCUGUUGAAAUUUUAUCAACUAAUGAGGAAAUACGAUGGCCACGAAUACUAACCCCAUUUGAUGUUUGUAUUCUGCCUCCGAAGGCGGGCAGUCAUGAGGACAUAUCAUCUCGAUUAGCUUAUGAUUUAUACGAUCAACUUCAAAAUCUCAACAUAGACACUAUCAUGGAUGAUAGAACUCAAAUGACGAUUGGAAAACGUUUUGUAGAAGCACGAAAAACUGGAUAUCCCGUUGUGAUAAUUGUUGGCAAAAAAAGUUUGGAAUUCAAACCUUUGAUAGAAGUUCAUGACGUAUACCAUGAGACUUCAAAUAAUAUUGGAUAUGAGAGCACUGUUCAAUUUGUAAAACAAUUAAUUGAGAGCCACAAGCCUAGCCUUGCUUAAAAGUCAAUGCAUCUUCCCUACGUUUUGAUUUGUGUUCUUAAAGAAGAUUAUUCUUUUCUCAAGUAAAGUUUUAAUCUAAAAAAGUCAGUUUCAGAUGCAAGCUAUACAACAUUUUGUCAAAUAUGCCGUUUAAUCUAGCAGAAAAUUAUGUAUAUGUCAAAACUUGGUUUAUUUACAUUUUCACCUAUUGUUUUUACAUUCGUUUUUUUCUCACACUUUUAGUUCAUGUUUUAAUACCAUACUAUAGAUCAUAUGUUCUAUUGCGAUUAAGC